UUAUUCUUUUCUUUUUCCCUUCUCUUCUACCUUAUUCUUUUUUUUUUCCCUUCUCUUCUACCUUAUUCUUUUUUUUUUCAAAUUCGACCACUAAAAAAAAUAAUAAUAUGUCUUCUACUGAAAAUCAUCACGACGUUGAAUCAAAGCAAGCAAAUGCUAUUGCAGCUCCACCAGUGAUGGCUGCACCUACUAUCGCCAACCCUGGUCCUUUGGGUCUUUGCGGUUUUGCUUUGACUACUUUUGUUUUGUCUCUUCAUAAUGCUGGUGCUGGCUUACCUCCUACCGCUGCACACGGCGUGGUAACAGGUCUUGCUUUCUUCUAUGGUGGCCUUGUUCAGCUUUUGGCUGGUAUGUGGGAGUUCAAAACAGGAAAUACGUUCGGUGCGACUGCAUUCUCUAGUUAUGGUGGUUUCUGGUUAUCAUUUGGUUUGAUCUUUAUUCCUGGUGCCAACAUCACAGGCAGCUAUGGCACAGACAAAGCUCUUCUCGAAAAAUCUUUGGGUUACUAUCUUUUAGGCUGGACUAUCUUUACCGGCAUCAUGUUGAUCGCUUCUCAUCGUUCCAACGUUGGUUUGAUUUCUCUCUUCUUCUUCUUAUUCAUUACCUUCAUCAUGUUGACUGCUGGUAAAUUGAACGAGUCUAUCUCCUGUCAAGUAGCCGGUGGUGCUUUGGGUAUCAUUACUGCUCUGAUCGCUUGGUAUAAUGCAUUGGCCGGCUUACUGACCAAACAAUCAUCCUAUUUCACCUUGCCUCUUGGUCGUAUCAACUAGGGGAAGGGAGGACACACACUUUUUACCCCCCCCCUCCACCCCAUAUUACCAAUUAAUUAACUAAUGUAUACCACUCAUACUAAUCCUAAUACUACUACUAUUACUUAUUCACUAUCACUACUUAUAUCAUUUACUUAUUAUAACAUCUCAGGGCCAAAUCAGACUUUUUUUCAGAAAAAUCGUUUAGGGGAGAUCCCUUCUAUACCCCUAAACAUCAUUCACCUUCUUCUAAAUGCAUGCAUUUAUUGCAUAUAAAUUAUGCUAUUAAAAAAAAAAAAAGAAAUAGUUUAAAUUGAGUCCUCGAAAGCAUGUUUUUCAUUUUAUACAACUUCUAAGUCCAUUUGAAAGACGAAAAAUGCAACAAGUAACAAUGCUUCUUUCUUUCCAUUAAAAAAAAUAUAUAUAUAUUGGGUUAAAAGUAUACUCAACAAACUAUACACAUCCGAGCUCGUACAUGUACGCUC